AUGGCUUCGACGUUCAAUCUCGAGGGAUUCCCUAACCCGGUGGAAGUCACGUUGCCCGAAAAGUUUACCAGCCAAGAACUCCUGGGGUUCGAAGCUUUCAACAAUUGGACAAGCAGCCUCAAACACAACCUCGCCUUGCAACAAGAUCCGAAGCAUGCAUUCCAUAAAUAUCCCUAUCGACUGACCAAGAUUGAGGUGCAAAGUUUUGACAAGUUCGGCCCGACCAAGAUCGGGUUUGUGAAACUCAAGGCCACUGUGAUCAGCGACAAUGAAGACGCCCCCGAGCUGCCGGGAAUCGCUUUUCUACGCGGUGGCAGCGUGGCCGUGUUGAUGAUUUUGAGACCCACCGAUUCCAUGGAUGAGAAGUGGGUGGUCAUGACGGAGCAGCCACGCAUUCCCGCGUGCAGCCUCUCUUUUCGCGAAAUCCCCGCCGGCAUGCUCGAGAAGGGCAAGUCGUUGCGUGGCAAUGCCGCCGCCGAGAUUGAGGAGGAAACGGGCUUCGUGCUUCCCGAAGAUCAGCUUAUUGAUCUCACAAAGCUGGCGCUUCAGCAGGCCGAAACCCAGGAGACCCUGCAGCCAGCCAUUUACCCAUCUCCUGGAGGCUCAGACGAGUACAUACCCAUUUUCCUCUGGGAGAAGGAGCUAGACCGGCAGGAAAUUGAGGACCUCAGGGGAAGGCUGACGGGAUUGCGAACGCAAGGAGAGAUGAUCACAUUGAGAGUGGUUCGUUACGAAGAAUUGUGGAGGACAGGAGCACGGGAUGCCAAGACCCUCGCUGCAUGGGCACUCUACGAGGGUCUGAAUAGAGCUGGUGUCAUCCAGAAGGAGAUCAAGAGGAGGCAAGGAAUGUUCAACACUAGCAAUGAUAUCAUUCCAUAG